CAGCGGGAAAUAGAGAGACUGAACAGGCGGAAGAAGUGAAUCAUAACACAGGCAACAGUGCUGCCUGGUAGUUAACCAGUCAAAGAGUUGUAGCCUAAAGUCGGACAUUAUGCAAACUUAACCUCCGGGUUGUAUGAUCAAACAAAACUUACCAACCGUUAAACGAAUUGUUACAUGCGGAAGUGCCUUGUACUGUGUCUUUCAUUCCAUGCAGAAAUGUCAGCUAGCUCACAUUAGCUAGUUUGUCGUUUUUAGCCUUAACAAUAGGGAUAUGUUUGACUGAAUUGCAUCUUAUCGAACACCGUAGCCAAAUAAUAAUCGUAUGUUUCUAAACCUAUUUACACACAAAUGAUGGACAGCCAAAUAAUGACAGAGAACCCGUUAUUACUGCCUCUCAACAAGGACAAAACUGUCUAUGAUGGCUUCAUCACCGUGCAGGAGAGGGAUUUCAGGAUAAGAAUAUCUCUUCCACCAGGUCAUCAGCUCAAACAGGCAAAACUGCACUGCUGCUGGCAACUGAAAAGGCUUCUGAGUGGAUAUCAGCCAAUUCUAAAACAGAGGUUGCAUCACGCCCCGGACUUGGUCAGUUUCAUUUUGGAGCUAAAAACUGUGCUGGAAUUGGCAAUGAGGAGCAGACCAGACUGUCAGACCAUACCACCUCCACAGUACUAUUCCCAGCUGAUCACAGAGAUGCAGAGCCUGGGAUGGGAUAAGCUGUUGUUCAUUGACUCAGAGUUCCGCACACUGAAGCUGCAAGGAGAGGACUCUGCUGGCCGUAAACACAUCCUUACAGUCAAGCUCAAGCCCAAUUAUCCGGAUGAAGCCCCAGAGUGCGUAGCCGAUCUCCCUUUUCCCUUCCUCAUGAGUUGGACACCACAGAGCACCUUGGCCCACAUUCACGGCCGCUUCCUGCUCCACUUGGAAGGCCUGGCCGAGUUCUGGUCGGCGCUGGACGAGAUCGACGAACAGACGUGGGUCCUCGAGCCAGAGAAGCCCUCCCGAGCGGACGCCAUGAGACGGAUCGCUAUUGGGAACAAUGUCUCCAUAAAGGUGGAGAUCGACCCCAGACACCCGAAGAUGCUGCCUGAUUGCUGUCUACUAGGAGCAGAACACGUGGUUACCCCCUUGAGGACCAAGCUUAAUGCCAACAUGCAUUUAUGGAAUCCAGACUGCAGCAUUCUACAGAACAUGAGGGAUGUUCUAGAGAUAGAAUUCCCUUCGCCCUCCACCCACGAAAAAUCUAGCCUCAGCGCAGAGUGUGGCAUCUGUUACGCGUACCGGCUGGAGUCGGCCAUCCCGGACCAGGUGUGCAACGACCCUCGCUGUGGCCAGCCGUUUCACCAGGUCUGCCUGUAUGAGUGGCUCAGAGGUCUGCCCACGAGUCGCCAGAGCUUCAACGUUUUGUUUGGAGAGUGUCCAUACUGUAGCAAGCCCAUUACAGUGAAGAUGGCAGUGCAAAAGGCUUGACCUGCAUACAGCAGAAGAGAUGUCCUCAAUAGUCAGUAGAAACCCGUCACCAUCCUCC